AAAUAUGUGUUUCUUAGAUAUUGUCCAUCAUUUUUUUUGAAUAUAAUAAACAAGAGAUAUGUUGUUUAAUUUCUCAUGCACAAUGUGUACUUGUGUCACUUCCUUACCAAAAAUGGUUUAUAGAAAAUAGUUUCAUAAACGAAUAAACAUUUGUCGGUGCACUAGCUACGGUUGUUGCCUUAAACAUUCACUAUCGCUUCGGACAUUCUUCUCUCUCCUUUGAUGUUUUUUGCUUAACUUUGCUUGCAAAAUUUCUAUGUCUUUUACAACAACAACAACAACAAAAAAGAAUUUUUUAAUUAGAAAGGGGAAAAGGAAGAAUUAAUAAUUUUACCUUUUUUCGCGGAAAAUUAAAAAAAAAUGCGCCGCUUCAAGUUCAAAAUUAGAUGCUAAAAUGUGUCUGUCCAAAUUCAAACCAGUUUUGUCUUUCUUCUUCUUCAGAGCAUUGCAAUGAAAGUUCCAGAUUCUUCUUCACCGAGCGGAGUUCUCGAAGAGUUCUUCAGAACGGAAGAGUUUGGUAGCUCCUCGGAGACGGUAAAGAACCCUUCUUCUUCUUCUUCUCGUUUCCGCAAGAUGGUUCAGCUUCUCAGAAGCAGAUCCAAGAAGUCUCUUGAAAAUCUCAAGAUUCCGUUUCACAACAAUGGCGUUAUCCAGAGCUCUUUGAGAAGAUGCAAUAGCAUGAGGGAGAGUUUCAGAUUUGGCUCCAAUGAUUCUCACUUUCUUCUACACUCUCCUAGAAGAAUCUUCACCUUCUCUGACCUCAAGUCUGCUACAAACAAUUUCGCUUUAGAAAAUCUAAUUGGGAAAGGGGGUUAUGCUGAAGUUUACAAGGGGACGUUACCAAAUGGACAAAUGGUAGCGAUAAAACGGCUGAUGCGAGGAAAUAGCGAAGAGAUCAUUGUGGAUUUUCUAACGGAGAUGGGUAUAAUGGCACAUGUUAACCAUCCAAAUAUAGCUAAGCUUUUAGGCUAUGGGGUCGAAGGAGGAAUGCAUCUUGUUCUUGAGUUAUCACCUCAUGGCAGCUUAGCUUCAAUGCUUUAUAGUUCCAAGGAGAAGAUGAAAUGGAGCAUUAGGUACAAGAUAGCAUUGGGAAUUGCAGAGGGACUAGUGUAUCUUCAUAAAGGAUGCCACAGGAGAAUUAUACAUAGAGAUAUUAAAGCGGCAAACAUUCUUCUCACACAUGAUUUUUCACCUCAGAUAUGUGACUUUGGCCUUGCGAAGUGGCUACCUGAACACUGGACACACCAUAUUGUUUCAAAGUUUGAGGGUACAUUCGGAUAUCUUGCUCCGGAGUACUUAACACACGGGAUAGUAGAUGAAAAGACUGAUGUAUUCGCCUUGGGUGUACUUUUACUGGAACUAGUUACUGGACGACGAGCUCUUGAUUACUCCAAGCAAAGUCUUGUUCUAUGGGCAAAACCAUUGAUGAAGAAGAACAAAAUUAGAGAGCUAAUAGAUCCAUCACUGGCGGGUGAGUACGAGUGGAGGCAGAUAAAACUUGUACUUUUGGCUGCUGCAUUAUCAAUCCAACAAUCAUCAAUAGAGAGGCCAGGGAUGAGUCAGGUUGUUGAGAUCCUCAAAGGAAACUUGAACGAUCUCAAGUGCAUCAUGAAAUGCAAAGUUCCCUUUUAUAGGAAAGCUUUCAGAGAUGAAACUGGCAAGAGAGUUUAUUAAAAAAUCUACGAAGCUCUCCCACGUGUAAAGUAUUUUUUGCUAUAAAGAAAAAAAAUAGAUAUCUUCAAGCACAACAAAGGGGAAAGAAACUAGAGGAAAGAGAUCACUAAGCCUCUUAUCACUUUUGUUGGUGAUAAAUAAGUAUCAUGGAUCUCUCGUCAACAGUAAGAUGUUAAUGGCUGUGGUAUCGCGUAUAAUUAGUAUUCGUUGUGAAUUUUGUGUAAUUUAUUAGAGAUCUAUACAUUACAUGUAUUCAAAAGCAAAGGCCAUAUCCCAGUUAAAAAGUACAAGUCUCCCUAGGAGGGGAGGACAGACAAACAGAGCAUUCAAUAAAAUGAUGUAUUUAUAAUGUUUAA